UGGCAUUUUUCUUGACUAUUGCAGGUCAACGUUGGCUAUCAAAGUCAUCAUUCUACAUUCUCUGAUUCUAUCCCCAAAUUGAACCAUCAUCCCUAUUCUCUCCUAAAAUCAAACUGGUAGCACAGACGGCCGGUAGCACUCGUUGAUGCAGUUUAACUCUCAACUCCGGUCGGAAAACUAUCCCACCUUCACUUUAAUCAGUAAGUUUAGCGAUUCUGAUUACUUUUGGUAAAUAGUAAAGCAAGGCAGUGGUCUCGUUUUAUGAUAACAUUUUAUGUUGGCAAGCUGAAAAUCAUGAUAUAUAUUUUAUGUUAUUAUGGGAAUACUUGGUCUCUCUUAACCAUAUGCCUUUGGAAAUUUUCAAUACCUGCCACAAUGUAUAUAACAGUUGACAGAUGGGAAUGAGAAUGAGAGCUUUGAUCAAGUGGGAUCAUUACUAGUUUCCUAAUAUCCAUUAUCACCGAUGUCAACAACACAAAUGAAGCCAUGAAAAUGUCUCAAAAUUCACUUGCUCCGCUGCUUCUCUUCUUGACCAUCACGAUCACAGUCGUAACUAGCAACCCGACUUACUUUACAGUCGACAUCUCUGUCAGCUGCGGCUCAACCGACACUUCUGUAUCACGCGGCGGAAGAGAAUGGCUAGGAGAAACACAACCAAUAUUUUCUUCUCUGCUGCAAUUAAAGGGCUUGUCGAUGACCUCCACAGUCAUCCACGAGUUGACCUCUGCUGAUCCAGUUCCACAUGAGACAGCCCGAAUCUCACGUUCCCAGUUCUCCUACCUGUUUCAAGUCAGUCCCGGUCAGAAAAUCAUCCGCCUUCACUUUAAUCCGGCUUCUUACAGAGGCUAUGAAGGGCUUGUCGACUUGUUCACUGUUGAAGCCGGUCCCUUUACCUUGCUGAGUAACUUCAGCGCUUCACUCACUGCUGAGGCUCUUGGAGUGGAUACUUUUGUGAAGGAGUUUUGGUUGAACAUACAAGAAAACCAACAACUCAUCAUAAGUUUCACUCCCAGAAGUAGUCAAACAUUAGAUACGUACGCCUUCAUAAAUGGCAUCGAGAUUCUAGGUAGCAAUGGGGCCUUUCCUAGUUCGAAUCCCCUGCCUCCUUCUCAGGAUUCACUAUCCGAAACAAUCCUAGUUUUCCUUUUAUCUCUUGUUCAGAGAAAUGCAACUGCAGCUAUUGCAAUAGCUGUAAUAUCCUUAUUAAGUAUCAUUGUUCACACGUUGAGACAAUAUUGGGAGGAAGAUAGCAGCACUAAGGACGAAAACAAGCCAUCACCCAAAGCUGCACGAGUCUGUCGUCGUUUUUCUCUAGCUGAGAUCCAACUGGCCACCAAAUAUUUCAGUGACGAGCGUUUGAUUGGAAGGGGCGGGUUUGGAAAUGUCUACAGAGGCGUCAUUGAUGAAGGCCAAAUGACUGUUGCUAUAAAGAAGUUAAACCCAAACUCCAUGCAGGGGGCACAAGAGUUUCUGACUGAAAUCGAAACACUUUCUGAGUUGCGCCAUGUUAAUCUAGUUUCACUGAUAGGUUACUGCAACGACCACGGGGAGAUGAUUCUGGUUUAUGAUUAUAUGUCUGGUGGAACCCUUGAGAAUCGCAUCUACAAGCCUUCAAGGAAAAGACGCCAUGUUGCUUCUAUCACUUGGGAACAACGCCUUAACAUCUGCAUUGGGGCUGGCCGGGGGCUAGACUAUCUCCACACGGGCCAUGGAGUGAUACAUCGCGAUGUGAAGCCUUCAAACAUUCUUUUGGAUGAAGACUUGACAGCUAAGGUUUCUGAUUUCGGUCUGGCCAAACCAGAGGACAGAAGCAAGUCAAAAACUCAUGUCAGCACAAAUGUUAAAGGCACGAGGGGAUAUUUAGACCCACAUUAUUUCCACACUCGUAAUCUAACAAGGAAAAGUGACACAUACGCGUUUGGGGUGGUGUUGUUGGAAGUGUUGUGCGGGAGACCGUCGGUGGAUUUAAGGGUAACGGAGGACGAGCAGAUUUUGAGCUUUUGGGUUCAUGAUAAGAAGAGUAAGGGAGAAGUUGAUCAGAUUGUUGAUCUGAGUUUGAGGGAUGAGAUUUCUGAAAACAGCCUCAAGACAUUUGUGGAGGUUGCUGAAAGAUGCUUAGAAGACGAACCAAAUAAUCGGCCAACAAUGUCCCAAGUUGUGCAGCAGCUUGAACUUGCACUUGAGCAACAACAGGAAAACAAACAGAUUUCGUUGUCCAAUGAGAUGGAAAGUUUUUACGAAGAAAAUGGACCGUCAGCCAGCACAGGGCUGUCAUCUAUGUCGACUGCGCAAUGGAAAAAUCUUACUAGCUCCCCAAAAGUGCAGGCUAGCUUCAAGAUGGUUAAUGCUAUGCUAUCAAGAUUUUCGCUGCCGAAAAUAGGAGGUCACUUAUCCAAGGAAAAUAAACUUUUAUUAUCAGAAAUCGGAGAAGCAAAUGUAGGAUUGACCAUGUUUGAUUGGUAUACACUUUCAGCUGCUACUAAUCGUUUCUCCUCCUCGAAUAAAAUCGGAAAGGGUGGAUUUGGUCGAGUUUACAAGGGUGUGCUACCUACAGGACAAGUAGUUGCUGUGAAAAGGCGUUCGACAUAUACCCCACAAUCAGUCCAAGAAUUCAAAUGUGAAGUCCUUUUGCUUCCCAAUCUUCACCAUCAAAACAUUAUCAAACUACUUGGCUACUGCAUUCAUAGCAAAGAAAAGCUGCUUGUAUACGAGUUCAUGGAAAACAAAAGUCUAGAUACAUUUAUCGAUGAUGAGAAGAAGCGAAACUUUCCAUGGCCAGUACGAUUCAACAUCCUAAAGGGGAUAGCUCGAGGACUAGUUCAUCUACAUCAACAUUCUGGAGUGCGAGUCAUUCAUGGAGAUCCCAAAUCAAGCAAUAUAUUACUGGACCGUGAGAUGGUUCCUAAAAUUUCAGACUUCGGAUUUUCCAGGACUUUGUUACAGCAUCAAUACGAACUAGAGACAGGAAUUGCUGAAGGCACCCCCUGUUAUAUAUCUCCGGAGCGUUUGAAGCAAGGUAGGGUUUCGGUAAAAUCAGAUGUUUACAGCUUCGGAGUUGUGAUACUGGAGAUGGUGAGUGGGCGGAGAGCAUGGGAAUCUUACUCAGUGAAUAAGAUGAACCUUAUUGAUUAUGCACGGAAGCUGCGGAGUGAAGGGAAAGUAUUAGAGGUGGUGGAUGCGACAGUUGGUGGGACGGAUGAAGCGCUGAGGUGCAUUAAAGUCGGGCUGCGCUGCACCUUAGAGCAUCCAGACGACCGGCCAGACAUGCCUACCGUGCUUAAAACGCUGGAAGGAGAAGCUCUCUGACUGCACACUGGAGAUAUGAACAAGAUUAGGAGAGUAUAGACUUAUGCUUUAUGUGGUGAUUAGGUCCAUCAACACUUGUUUGUUGGAUGUAUGUUUCUAGUAAUAUCAAUUUUAUUUUUUAAAUUUUGAGGUAA